AUGAAAAAUUGGAACAAACAGGACCAAGCCACCCAGGAAGAUGGGUCAGAGGGAAUGGCGAAGAGAUGCUCUCCGUGCUGCGCCCUGAACCACAGUAACCUGCAGGCUAGGGCUGGGAGGUAUGGUAUAAGGGCAGACGGAGUGGAGAGGGGGAGGGUGGACGAUGGGAGCAGAGGCGAAGGUGGUGAAGAUAGUGGUGGUGGUGGUGGUGCCAUGCAAGUUAGUGGAUCGAGCAUUAAACCAGGUGCGGGUGUCUUUGCCAUCGGCACCUCACUUCCCGGCUACCCGAGCCUAGCGGGCGCGGACGUGCCGCGUCCGAGCUUAGCCGCUAUUCGCCACACACCUGCCGCGGGAGAUGUUGCCGAGUUGCCUCGUGCAGCCAUUCCUCGGUGGUUUCCCGUGAAUAAUUUUGUUUCGAUUGAUUUAUCAAUUCCAGAUGGAUUAGCUCAGCUCUACUCAACGGCCAACCCGACAGCCGCUGCCUACUACCACACCCACCACCAUCAACCCCGUCAUCAUCCAUCAUCAUUAUCACCUAGCAACCAUCAUCCUCAUUACAGCCAUCAUCCGUCCCAUCUCUACCCUCAUCACGGAUCACAUCCCUCUCUCGGCGUACCCAUACCAGUACCCGUCUAUCUCAGGGGCAAGUCACCGGCGGUGUCGCCUGCAGAGGCGGCCAGGGCAGCAAAGAAAUGCAGACGGAGUCGGACAGUCUUCACAGAACUUCAACUGCUAGGGCUGGAGAAAAGGUUUGAGAAGCAGAAGUAUCUCUCUACCCCUGAUCGGUUAGAUCUUGCAGAGACCCUAGGGUUAAGUCAACUACAGGUCAAGACUUGGUAUCAAAACAGAAGAAUGAAAUGGAAGAAACAGGUGAUGCAAAGUGGUCGACAGGAGCCCCCAACCAAACCCAAGGGGCGACCCAAAAAAAGUGACAUCACAGGAGAGAAUGGCACCCUUUCUCCGGCCUGUUCCCCAGGCAUUGACCAUGAAGAGUUAUCCAACAUAUCAGAUGAGGAAGAGAUAACAGUCUCUGAUGCUAUGAGUUCAUACGUCAGCCAACAAAAUUCGACCUCAACGCAUGAACCUUUAACCUCAUUUGCAUAUGCAACGUCAUCGUCUUCCUUUCAACCCUCAGCUUUGACUACAUAGAAUGAGAAUCACACCUUUAAAUGUACAAUGGCCCUUUAAAGACUUUCUAACUUAAUAUGUAUAAUUAUGCAAGUAAUAAUGUUGCAAUUGACCCAAGUAAAGAUAGAUACCGUAUGAUUUAAGUCCUAUACAUGUAGGAAAUAUGUAUGUCUUUUAAAUUUGAUAGUGCAGCCGUAGAUCCCUGAUUCUGUGA